AUGUUCAUAAACCCAAAUAACUCCUCAACAAAAUUUAACUAUAAUAAUUUUAAUAAUAAUAAUAAUAAUAAUAUUAAUAAUAAUUUUAAUAUAAACAAAAUUACAAAUCAAUAUGAUAAACUAUUAUCAAUAAAUCAAAAUAAUAAUUUUAAUCAAUAUAAAGAAAUAAGAAAAAAACUUUUCACUCCCAAUCAAAGUCCAAAACAAGAAUGCUUAAAUAACUCAACAAACCCUAUAAAUAAAGCAAUUCCAUAUAUUGAUAUAUCAUCCCCAAUGCUUCAUCCCAAUAACCAACAAUUGGAUCAAGAAAAAAUAAUAUCGAGGCUCAUGUUAAGUACAAAAGAAGAUGAUGAUGAUAUACCACCCGCUAUUACUCCACCACCAAUUUUUUUAAAUAAUGAUAAAAUUAACUUGAAUAAUAAUUAUAGUAAUAAUAUAAAUAAUAGUGAUUGUAAUCAUACUAACCAAAAUAAUAAAACUACCAUUAAUUUAAAUAAUAAUGAAAAUAAUAUAUUUUUAGAUGAGAUCCAUCUUUUUACAAUUUCUUUAAGAGAUUUCGUUAAAAAAAGUCCAAGAAAACAAAUUAAAGAUGAUGAAAUGAAUAUUGAAAGUUUUUUUGUGGGUUUUUAA